CGACAAGCAGCAGCAACAUCACCAUCCGAGAGACAACAUCGAGAAAAUCAAACGCACGAGUAGUGAAUAGUCGGGCAACAAGAGCACAACAUAUUCAUACGAUGAUUGACCAUUACCAAGUGAACAGUGUUUCUGAAGUUCGCAGUUAAACAAUUUGGUUGGUGUUAAAAGUCCUUUCUUCGUAUACCACGGCGAGGAAAUUCAAUUUACUCUGGCGACAAAUUAAAUUGAGCUUUUCUAGUGUUUUUGACAACUAAAAAAGUAGUUUUUUGGAUUUAGUGCAAGAUAUUUUUUUGGGGAAAGUUUUUUUUUCCUCCUAACAAAGAAUGUUUUAUUCGACCAAAAUCAGUCACAUCAAUUAAAAGCGGCAAAAAUCUGUGUGCAAACAAAAAAACAAAACAAUGAUCCGUUAAAUGAAUUACAAAAGUUGGAGAGAAAAAGUCAACAAACGGCACAACAAUUAACUUAAAACAAGUGUUACUUGUCGGCAAUAAAAGAGACACCCAUACGUCCAACGACAGUGAUAAAAAGAAAUAAACAACUGCAGCAGUAGCAGCAGGGAAAAAACGACAACGCACAUCGGCUUAAAUGACCAUAUCAUGUUGAACAAUUGAUUUUUGCAGUGUUUUUUGAGGUAAAACACAACAUUGCCAACAUCACACUAAACGCCUAACAAAUACAAGCGCCGAACUAAAGAACUCAAUUGAUGUGUUAAACCAGCCAACACAGAGAAGAAAAAAGAACACGAGUCAUCGAAUGUACAGAUAAAAAAAUCCAUCGCUUAAAUACUUAAAUACUGUAUGCAGCCACCAAAAAACACACAUAUCUGAACAUAAAGCGGAAAAAAAUCAUUCAUUGCACACACAAAAUCGGCGUUAACUAACUAGAUUCACAGCCGACUGCUAGAAAAAUUUCCGCAUUUUUUUUUUCAAUCUGUUCCCGGCUUUUAUACAGUCGUUCUUUGGCAGUGUGACAUUACAAGUGAACUGAACAAGCAAAAAAGCAAGCGAAACUUUUUUUCGGUCGAAUUUUCAUUGCCGAAAAACACCAAACGCAUCACGGAAUAAAAGUGUAGGCCGAACGUGCGGGAGAGAGCGAAUGAGAAAAAAAUGCGCGUAAACAGCGAGUGAGAGUUCACAUCAACAGAAAAAUUGACCAACAUCGCCACCGACGCGAUUUUGUGAAAGUUCAACGCGCGAAAUUACAGUUUUCAACAGCACAAAGUUACGAAAUCUAACGAUUUUCAACGAAAAUACUUUCCGCUUGGAAAAGUAAAGAAGUCACGCAUUAGGGAAAAUCCCAACAUAAAAAUUCAUCUUUCUUCUCCGCAAGUUAGAAAAAUUUCUGCAAAAAUUCGGAAAAAAAUCACCACCAAGAUGCAUCUUACCGGUAAUACAACAGCAAAUAACAACAAUCUAAAUGGCAGUGGCACAAAUACCGGAAGCGCAACCUCAAAUGGAGGUUCAUCGGCCACUGCCUCGGGCACAUCCAGCGAAAAUACAUCGCCGCCAACGGCAGCCAGUCUGCUAAAUGAUGCAUACACAAAAAUGACGUCAGACAUUUUGGCCGAACGCACAUUAGGAGACUUUCUGUCCGAGCAUCCAGGUGAAUUGAUACGAACGGGAAGUCCAUUGUUUGUAUGCACCGUUUUGCCGCCGCAUUGGCGCUCCAACAAAACAUUGCCCGUUGCAUUUAAAGUGGUGUCAUUGGGCGACGUCGGUGACGGUACCAUGGUCACCGUGAAAGCGGGCAACGAUGAAAAUUAUGCGGCCGAACUGCGAAAUUGCACAGCAGUGAUGAAAAAUCAAGUAGCUAAAUUCAAUGAUCUGCGCUUUGUUGGCCGUAGCGGACGAGGUAAGAGUAAAAGCUUUACUUUAACGAUAACAGUAUCAACAAGCCCGCCACAUAUUGCAACCUACAGCAAAGCGAUAAAAGUAACUGUUGACGGUCCCAGAGAGCCUCGUUCAAAGACAAUGUUAUCACUUUUAGGGCAACAACAACAGUUCCACUUUGCAUUUGGUCAGCGUCCGUUUCAUUUUCCGGCUGAUCCACUAUCCGGCUUUCGAAUGCCUCCGAUUGGAAAUUGUCAAAAUAUGUCGCAGUUUGGCUUAGGAACGGCCAAUUCACAUUGGGGAUACAGUUCAGCCAACUAUUCACCGUAUCUCACUAGCAGCGGACUAUCAACAUGUGGCACCACAUCGGCUGCACAAUUCAAUAAUCCAGCACUGGGAUUUAGCUGCUCGGCCACCGAUCAGGCGACCACACAAGAUUUCACAAACAAUGCACGUGAGUGUUUACCAAUGUUGCCGGAUUCCACGGCAAAUGAUUUAGAUCAGCAUCUCAGCAAUUUGGUUGGAACAAGCCCGACUGGUCAAAUGACUGCAAAUCAUGGCAGUUUGUCCCAAGCCACUCUGAAUGGAACGAAUCAUAUUCCACGCUACCUAGCCACUACAAAUGAUUACAAUUUGCACGCAAGCAACAAUGGUCCACGCAGUCUAAGCGAUUCAUCACAAGCUGAAUCACCGGUCCAAGAUGAUUUGCUCACAUCAAACACACCGAAUUUGGGCAAUGGCAACAAUGGAUCGGCUAAUGCCAAUACAAACGGAGGAAAUCUUCCAAACAAUCCCAGCUCAGCCAUUGGCAACAAUCAAAAUUUUAUCAGUGGUGGUAAUCAAAGCCAAAAUUCAUACGGAACUGGUAGCAGUGGUGCCGGUUGUAAUAGUUCGCUAUAUCCAGUUUUACCGGCGAGUUUACUCUAUUCCCAAUUGUAUACGGCUGCUAACCAAUCACAUGGAUUUCAUUCACACGCCGCCCAAAAUUCCAUGGUACAUGGUGAACUGCAAUCGGUGAUGGAACACAUUACGACGGCAUCGGGUCGACAACAACAGAAUUUAAUGAUUGGCGGAACGGAUUUAACACAUCUCGGCAAUUGUGGCAGUAGUGCACGGGCUGGUGAAGAUAGCGCACGUCAAAUGGCCAUUCCACGAGCACCACACCAUCACACAGACAACGCAGUUUGGCGGCCCUAUUAGUAUUGGCAUUUGGACUCGCACGGAGUCACCAACCAAUAAACAGAAACUCAUUUCGCACGCAUUUUUUUCGGUGUUUGAUUAAAAAUCAAAUUGAAAUUCAAAAUUUUUCAAAGUGAAAAAAAAACACAACACAGUCAUUUUUAGGUAAUAGCCAUGUUAAUUAAGCUAGUCAGAGAGAUCUUCGCCGGAUCGUAGAUCCAAUUGCAGUUUUUAUGUAAAUAUAUCAAUGUUUUAUCACACAUUUCUUGAACAAAGAAGAAAGAGCACACCUUUAAACUACGUUUUCAUUAGCAAUUCAUUCGAAUAAUUCAAUUUUAAACUAAACUUUAAACCAAUUGUACAUUGAACAUAUUGAUUUAUUUCAACAAUGAAUACAACACGGCAUGGUAUCAUUUUCCUCUUCAUUCACAUAUUUUAUGUACAUAAGUGACACAAAAUACAAAUAGUGAAAUCUAGUCGUAAAAAGACAAACACAACAGUGAUGCUGAAAGAAACUGAUUUACUGUAUAGAAACAUACGCAUCGCUGAUGCGGCAUCAGUGUCAAUGUAUUUUUAUUCGGUAAAGGGAAUAUUUCAAACAGGAAAAAAGAGAAGGAAAAACCAGAAACAUUAUCCAAAAUCGUUGUCAAGUGUUGUAAGAAUCUUUACGUAAAAAUCUCGAAUGAAAGGAUUAGAACUAAAUUCGCAAUUUUGGAAUUCGAAAGACUAUGGCUCAAAACUAGUAGUUUUAAACUACUCAUUUUGUAUAAAUCUUUGAAUUAAAAAGAUUCUUUUAAAAAGGUAAGAGAAAAAAUGCUGGAAAUAAACAAAAAUGAAGAAAAUAAAUUCGAUGAAGAGGAAAGGAUUUUGGAAUAGCAGCUCGGCUUUGGUAAAAUUUUGACAAAUGUUGUGAAUAUGAAGUCAUUAGAUUUUUAGCGUAAACCAUUUUAUAUGUGCAAUAAAGUAUUGAAUCUAUCUCAUACUUUUCUUGGAGUCGAGUGAGUAGAAAAAUGUAGUGGAAAGCGCAUUCUUGUUUGAUUCUCACUCGCUCAUUCAAAAUAUGCAUUCAACAAACAGGAAUGAAAACAAAAGGUAUACAGAAAGCUAAGAGAAAUAUAAAUUAAUCGUUCUUGGGUAAAUGUUGAGAUGGACGUGAUUGAAAUUGGCUUAUUCGUGUAGUCAUAAGGGAAAAGUUGCAAUGAAAACAUAGUUCGAGCAAAUGCAAUUAGCAAAAAAAGAAUCAUUCACAAACAUAAUCAUAACCAAAAGUAAAUAAUGGCGUAUUUCGGAAGUUUAUUGAAUCUUAUUGUAAUUGUAGUAACUAACACACAUGCAAAUACACAACUCAAGCUCAUUCAUUCACACAAACACACACACACACAAAAUCUUUGGACUAAAAACAUUUUAAUAAUCAUGGAAUAUUUUGUAAGGAUGUCUCUCACUCGUAGAACUAUUCAAUUUCCUUGGAAUCCUUGGCAUAUUUGUCUUCACACAGAGAAUAAGAAUUAUAAGCAUAUAUGGAAAAUAAGAGUUUAAAACUGAGCAUUUCAAGUUAAACCACACCAAAAACGAAGUUAAACCAAAUAAAAAGGAAAACUAUUCGAUCAACAAAAUCACAAAAUGAACAAUGAAUUAAGGUGUCAAUUUGAGAAUUAUAGACAAAUAAUUUAGCACAGGUUAAAAUAAAAGAAAAAAUUAUUCAAGCCCAUCUUUGUAUGCAGUUUUAAAAGUUAAAUCUGAAUGUGAAACAGUGUCCGAAACAAUUUUUGAUGUAGAAAUUAACGAUCAAGACAACCCCCAAAUUUGAACCUAGAUUUAAAAAGCACACACACACACACACACACGCACUCACUUCUAACAGAAAAUAAAAACAAAUGUUAUUUCGUCGAAAACGAAAUUCCUACCACUGAGAGAAAGAGAAAAUUCAAUAAAUAUUGAUUUAAUGUAAACAAAA